AUGGGCCUUUUGAGCUCCCUCAAUCUCGAGGCGUCGCCUGCAAACGUGGGCCUCGCGAUCCUGGGGACGGUUUUCGCGGCACUCCUUUCGAGAAUCUUUUACUGCCAGUAUCUCCAUCCUCUGUCCAAGUUCCCGGGACCAUGGUACGCGACUUCGUUCUCUGUCACCGGCGCUAUCAUCUCCGUCAAGCAGAAGGAGCCCGAGUUCUUCAUGUACUUGGUGAAGAAAUAUGGCACUGACCGACCAAUCCGCAUCUCGCCCACCAUGCUCAUGUUCCCCCGCCCGUCAGCACUGAAAGACAUCUACUGGGACCCGAAGUGCAACCUCAAGAGCGGAUUGUACGGUACCGGUGCUUUGGGCCCGCCACAUCUGUUCACUACGCUUGAUGGCGAGCAACAUAAGCAUCUUCGCAAGGCACUGUCGAAUGCUCCAUGGACGAUUGGCCAGCUGAAGAACACGUGGGAGAGCCGCUUCGAUGACCAGGUCAAUCUGUUCGUGCAGAAGAUGAGGGAGCAUGCUGCUGCGAAGAGAGUCGUUUGCUUAUCUGACAAGGUCGCGGAGUUUGCCGCUGAUAUCAUGAGCAUGAUCUCUUUCACGAAUGCUUUUGGGUGCGUCAAGAACCAGCGCGAUGAGAAGGACAUCCUCAGCAACUGGCGCAAGGGGCUCGACUUCUUCGGCUUCGUAGGCCGCUUCCGCUUUUUCAGGGAACGCAUCAUCAAGCUCCCGGUUGUUGGCUUGUGGUUCCUCCCUUCUAUGUCGAAUGACUCAGGCAUGGGCUGGUUGAUGUGCGAAGCUGAUCGUCAGGUCUCGACGCGCGAGAAGCAGAACGAGGAGAAGCCGUUCGAGGGCAAGCCCGACUUCAUGCAGUACUGCCUCGAUGCCCGCUACUCCGACGGCACGCCCCUAACUCCCGUCCAAAAGCGUGCCCACGUCACUCUCCUCAUCCAAGCCGGCGCCGACACCACCGGCACAGCCCUCGGCUCCAUCCUGCGCUUCCUCGUAACCAAUAAGUCCGCCUUCGCACGCGCUCAAGCCGAAAUCGACGCCGCAGCCAAGGCCGGCCGCCUCUCCAACCCAAUCCAGUACGAAGAAACGCGCCAACACCUCCCUUACUUCGUAGCCUGUAUCAAAGAAGGUCUGCGUCUGAAUCCGCCUGCCACCAAUCUCUUCGCAAGAGUCGCGCCCAAGGGCGGAAAGGUGAUCGAUGGCGUGUAUGUGCCCGAGGGUGCGGAGAUCACGAGCCAUGCGUAUGCGAUGCAGCGCGAUAAGGGGCUUUAUGGGGAGGAUGCGGAGGCGUUCCGCCCUGAGAGGUGGUUGGAGAGCGAGAAGAAGAGUUUCGAGUUUGAGGCUGCGCAGUUUACCUUCGGCGUGGGCCCGCGGGUUUGCUUGGGCAAGGAUAUUGCGAUUAUGGAGCUGUAUAAGUUGUUGCCUGAGAUCGUUCGCCGCUUCGAUAUCGAGCUUGUGCAGCCGGGGAAGUAUGUGGUCGCCGGUGGAGUUGCCUACAAUCAGGACUUCCUGGGUCGGUUCAUUGCCAGGGACACGGCGAAUGGGCACGUUAAUGGCAAUGCUUGA